UCCAUGGGUUUGAUGAUGAAGGUCUUGCUAUUAAUCACCAUUCUGUGCUUAGCCUUUGUGGCUAAUGCUCUUCCACCCCAGCGAAUUAUCGGAGGAUCUCAAGCAGAUGACGGGAAAUAUCCUUACCAAAUAUCAUUACUUUUUCGUGGAAGACACAACUGCGGAGGUGCCAUUAUCCACAAACGUUACAUUCUCACUGCUGCUCACUGCGUUGAAAGGGUUGAAGCAUCAUCAUUGAGAAUUGUCGUUGGAACAAACGACUGGAAGAAACCAGGUGAUCAAUAUAAGAUUGAGAAAAUCAUAGCUCAUGAUUUUAACGCUUCAGCUCUUAAUAAUGACAUCGCUCUUCUGAAGACCACCAAAGAAAUAGUCUUCAGCAAAAAAGUUCAACCCAUCAACAUAACCAAAACAGAUAUCAGAGAGCAUGGGCAUGCGGCUGUUGCCACCGGAUGGGGAAGACUAGCAGCUUGGGGUGUAGCGCCCUCGAAACUUCAAGAAAUUCAUCUUCAGAUUUUCGACCACAAGAAAUGCAAAUUACGCUUUCCAGUUACCGAAGGACAAAUUUGCACACUGACGAAAUACGGCGAAGGUGUAUGCAACGGUGACUCUGGUGGACCACUUGUUGCUGAUGGAUUCCUGAUCGGUGUUGUAUCAUACGGUGUUCCUUGUGGCAGAGGACAACCCGAUGUAUACACGCGUGUGUAUCAUUAUGCUGAUUGGAUCAUCAACUCUAUCAAGAAUGAGUAUAACAUUUCAAGCAGCGAGAUGAAGUGUUUCCUGUUGAUGAGCAUUCUGUACUUAGCGUUUGGCGCCGAGGCUCUCCCAAGCAGUCGUAUCAUUGGAGGCAGUGAUGCAGAAGAUGGGGCAUAUCCUUACCAAAUCUCUCUACUCUACAAAGGAAAACAUAAUUGCGGAGGUGCAAUUAUCCACAAACGCUAUAUCGUAACUGCUGCUCACUGUGUUCAAGGAACAAGUACUCAAUCCUUGGCUAUCGUCACUGGGACAAAUAUCUGGAAGAGACCAGGGAAGCAGUACAACGUGGAAAAGAUUAUAUCCCACCGCUUCAAUUCUCGAACUACUGCUAAUGAUAUUGCCCUCUUGAAAACAACAGAAGACAUCAUCUUUAAUGCAAAAGUCCAGCCUAUAGAAAUCCCACAAAAUGACAUCAGAAAACAUGGAACAUCGGUCGUUGCAACUGGAUGGGGAAGACUCUAUGCUUCGGGCCCAAUUCCUGACAGGCUCCAAAGAAUUGAUCUCCAGCUUUACGAUCAAAAACAGUGUGCUCGUCGUUUUGCUGUCACCGAGGGUCAAAUUUGCACAUUAACUAGAACUGGCGAGGGUGUAUGCAACGGUGAUUCUGGUGGACCUCUUGUUGCUGAUGGUGUCCUACUGGGGAUAGUUUCUUAUGGAAUUCCAUGCGGGCGUGGCCAACCGGAUGUCUUUACUCGUGUCUAUCAUUAUGUUUCUUGGAUCGCAGAACACAUCGAAGAAUAUUAAAACACAGUCGGAAUGGAGGAAAGGAAACAGUGAUAAAAUAUAACUUUGUGGAUUCCUUAAACUCAUCAAUAAUUAAUAUAUUGAUUCUCCGUUUGGAAAGCUUGGAACACCCUCAAAUGAAUAAAAACGCAGUGUUUACAUUUACGUUGUAA